CUGGGUUUUCGCGGAUUAGUACAGCAUUUGGAGCCACGUUACACCCUUCCAAGCCGCCGCUUCUUCUCUGAUGUUUCCCUCCCUGCUUUGUAUGAGUCAGUCGCCACACACAUUCAUAAUUUGAUCGACAAAAAUGGACUACACAUAAGUUUCACCACGGACAUCUGGACAUCUGAUGUUAGUCCGGUGAGUAUGCUUAGUUUAACGGCUCAGUGGUUGGAUGAACAUUUUAACAUGCAGAAAGUUCUGCUGCACGCACAGGAGUGCUCCGGAUCGCAUACCGGGGCAAUGAUAUGCGAAGCUUUUGAAGCAAUGUUAGAACGGUGGAGUAUAACAAAAGACAGAGUGCAUGUUGUCCUUCGGGAUAAUGCACGCAAUAUCAUCAAGGCCAUGCAGGACUGUGAGCUUGCAAGCUUGGGCUGUAUGGCACACACCUUACAGCUCGCGGUAAACGAGGCUGUGCUGAGCCAGAGAAGCAUAACAGACUGUAUUUCGAUCUGCAGAAAGAUGGUAGGCCACUUCAAACAUUCACAAGUUGCCACCUCCCGUCUGCAAGACUUGCAAAAACAACUGGGCAUGAAAGAGACGAGGCUUCAACAAGACGUGCCCACCAGAUGGAACAGCACGUUCUAUAUGCUGAGAAGUUUGUUGGAUCAGAGGCGAGCCCUUGCAGCAUAUGCGGUAGAUUUUCAAUUACCUGCUUUUUUGAGCAUACAACAAUGGACAUUAAUUGAAAACAUGAUGACCAUUCUUGACCCAUGUGAACAGCUGACAAGAGACAUCAGCUCAUCUACAGCCACAGUAGCUGAUGUGAUCCCCUCCAUUGUAGCAUUAAAACGUCUGUUAAACAAGACCGUUGCAACAGAUCAUGGAGUUAAAACUUCAAAGACCACUCUACUGCAAGCCAUAGAACAGCGAUUCAGUCAUAUCUAUGGAGAGCCCCUGUUUUAUCUUGCUACAAUCUUGGACCCCAGGUAUAAGGACUGCUAUUUUGACCAACCAAUGAAAAGAGAAGUAACAGAAAAAUUGCAGACCAUGAUGAGCUGUGCAUCAGAGAAUGCGGAUGAACCAAAAGUUAAAAAGACCAAGACAGAUGGUGGCAAUGUUUCCUUGCUAGCAAUGUAUGAAGAAAUCCUUCAAGAAAACUAUGAUGUCACGAAAGAGAUGACCCAAAGCCGAACAGAGGGGCAGAUAAACGUGUACCUCUCGGAGCCCCCAAUUCCUAGAUCAGAGAGCCCCUUGGAAUACUGGAAACGCAACAAAUCCCAGUUCCCAGACCUUGCUUCACUUGCAAGGAAAUACCUGUCAGCCCCUUGCACCAGCAUUGACAGUGAACGCUUAUUUUCUGCUGCUGCAAAUGUUAUGGAUGAAAAAAGAAACCGAAUUGGAUGUGAGAAGGCAGAGAUGCUUUUGUUUAUCAAAAAAAAUCUGCCACUAAUGCCUAAUGUAACAAAUAGAAAAGAUGAUGGACAUUAA